AGUAACUAUGGCAACCACUGUACGGUAUCACUUACACAAGUAAACUUCGAAGCAAUUCAACUGAAGAACACGCUUUAAGGGAAUUUAUAUUUAAUUAAGAGUGUGUUGAGCAAAAAAAAAAUCAUGGAGGCGUCGGUCAUCUUCCCUGCCGAAGCAGAGGGGUUCGUUCAAAGUCUGGAGACUUUCUCUCUGAAAGAAGUUGGCUCUACGAGGUGGUUCAAACAACACGAGUACAUCGAAAAACUUAACAUGCAGGCAAUACUGCAUGCUUCUGCCAUGCACAACGAGUUUGUCAAGGAGUUCCUGGUGUCACAUGGAAAGAUACCUGUUCUGGUCCAUGAAAUGAUCCUUGUUGAAGUGUGGAAGCACAAAGUUUUUCCUAUCUUAUGUCAGCUGAAGGACUUUAAUCCGAAGAACACAUUUCAUCUUUACAUGGUGCUCCACCAUGAGGCUACGAUCAUAAACCUGCUUGAAACGAUAAUGUUUCAUAAGGAUUCUUGUGAGGCUGCUGAUGACUCUGUUCUUGACUUGGUGGAUUACUGCCAUCGCAAACUCACCUUGCUCGCAUGCAAAGCGACUCAGGAGGGCAAAACAUCUCAUGGCAAACACAAGCUAUCAGGGACAGCAGUUAUGUCUUCAAUAGAGGAGUUACAGUCCCAGAGUGCUGCUCUGGAGUUUGAAAUCUCCCUGAAGGCCAUGUCUGUGCUGCGCUACAUCACUGAUCACACUGACAGCAUCAGUGUCAUUAAUCGCAUGUUGUGCACUCAUAACAUGCCGUGUGUAUUAGUUCAGCUGCUUGACUGCUGUCCCUGGAGUCGCUGCAGAGAAGGCGUGGUGGAAAAGUACAUAAAUGGAAAAUGGCAGAAGAUUCCUCCUGAGGACCUUUUGAAGAUGACUAAACUUGAUGGUCAGGUUUGGAUUUCACUUUACAAUCUGCUGCUGAAGGAAGACUGCCAAAGGAAGUAUGACUUUAACAGCUUUAACAAGAACCAGCUUCUAAAGCUAAGAGGUUUCCUGACAGAGGUGUUGAUCGAUCAGCUGCCAAACCUGGUGGAGCUGCAGCGUUACCUGGCUCAUCUUGCUGUUACAGACCCCCACCCACCAAAAAAGGAGCUUGUUUUAGAACAGAUCCCAGAGAUGUGGAACAGCAUUGUACGAGAGAAUUCUGGGAAGUGUAAGGCCAUAGCAAAAUAUCAGGUCAAAGAGACGUUCAGCCCAUCUGAAAGUGACCUGAGGUUACAGGCACAGAGGUUGGCCCAGACGUACAACUUGGAUGUGAUGGAGAGUUUACUCCCUGAGAAGCCAAAGUGUGGUUCCUGUGGGACAGAAGCUACAAAGAGAUGCUCUAAAUGUCAGGAAGAGUGGUACUGCCGCAGAGAAUGUCAGGUGAAGCACUGGCCCAAACACAAGAAAGCAUGCCAGCUUAUGGUUGAGGCCACAGAGAAGAUCCAGAGAGACCUAAAAAUCAACAGCUAAGGGACACAAGACAUGGAAAGAGAACAGAUCUGCUCAAGGAACAUGAACAUUUUUUAUUCCUAAACAAUUUGAACAGGAAAUAAUUUUCCUUUAGACACUGCAAAACUUAAGUUCCUGUUUCACAGUGUUGUUUGACUGUCACGUUUGUUCCUGUGAGCAUAUUUUGGCACACUGUUUUAGUAAAACAAGUUUCUUUUGGGGGGGGGGGGGGGGGGGGUUGUAUUUCCAGCUUCUUCUCUAUUAUGAGUUGUUUUUUUCAUAUCACACUGUGCCUGUAAAUAAAAACUUCCUUGUCUUC